GAUUGCAGUUUGAUUAAGUAAAAUGGUGUCAGAAGAUGAAGUCUAUAGUUUUCCUUCUUUCUUUAAAAUUGUCAUCAGUGUUAUUUUCUGUAUGGCAGCAAAUGAAAAUAUUAACAGUUUCGGCACAUGUUUUCUAAUUUCAGAAGAUAAAGGGACAUAUAUAAGAAGCAGAUAGCAAAAUGCUUCUUUAGUAUCUGCUAGGGUUAGGGUUUUGGGUUUUUUUAAUAGUAUAGCUUUUUUAACCUGCUAAAGGUCUAGUAAUUUUUUUCCUUUUUUUCUUAGAUGUAUCAUGUUGUUUUCAUUGUUAUUGUUCACCCUUUCUUAAAGGAAUAUGGCAUUCUCUGCUGGGGGUGGCAUUGCUGUUACUGCAAAGAAUCCGAGUAAUAGUGAAUAUGAUGUUUAAUAACAAAAUGUCCAACAUUGCAAAAAUUACUUGGCUGUGCUUAAUUCUUUUCCUAUUAUACCUCAUAUCAACCACCAGCAUGGGCUUUUCCUUCUCAAGAAGAGAAAAAAGCCCUGUGACUAUAGCAGGAAUAUUUAUUAUGCAGGCAGAGUUUAUUAAAUCAGUCAUAAAAGAAAUGAACGUAACAUCUUUAAACAGUUCAGAAGAUGCAUGUGUAAUUCCUGAUUUGCUUGAGGUUAAAAUUAGUUUUGUAGCAACGAGUAACAGCUUUGCUUUAUUAUGUGUUGGUCUUUGGAAUAAGAGGCAGAACCAUUUGAAUAAAACCAUUUUAAAGCAGAAUUGCUAAAAGCAAUAAUUGUUUGACUGAGCCAGCAGGCACCUAUUGCCAGGAGGGGGAAAAAAAGUUGGCUAGUUAAAGAAAUUGAUUUAUUUGCUGAGAAUUUAGGUCGUUGACCAUUCUAUGAUACCUAAACUCACAGGAUUGCAAUCAAAAUACCUAUAAAACUCAAGGUGCAGGUGGAAGCAGUUUAUAGUAUUGCGAGGAUGAGCUGGUGGAUGCCUUUGAUCCUGGCUGUUGUUCUUUCGUGAAUGAUGUGAGCUCAAUUGCAUAAAGGACCCUGUUAAAGGCUUUCUUGCUCUGUUGAAGGACUGAAGCCUUUCUUUAACUUCCCCUAUUACAACGUUUUGAUUGGGCAGCAGAAGUUUAGAAAGAAAUAACUUUUUUUUCCUUUCUUUUUGAAGCCAUUUUUGACUUUCAGCCUUUCAUGUGGCCAUCUCAAAAUGCUUGCAGACUGUCAUCCCACUGGGAAUUUUGGUGCUGAAAGUUCUGUGCACUAGAGAGUGAGAGCUGACAUGGUUUUCUUUUCUAUUGAGUAGAGGUGAGGUAGGUGAGGAGAUUAAGAAUCCAAACUCAUAUAUUAAUUUAGUAUUGCCCAAGAUUUUUACGAAUGCAUUGCCAUUCUUGGUUCUGCAGGUCUCAUGCACUGUCUUCCACUCACCUAGUUCCUCUAAAUCUGGAUGGCUUAAAGAGAAAUUACUGUCACUUCUCGAAUGCAAACUUUGGGACCUCUCUAGUCAUGUAGUCACCUACCUAGGCAUCCACAGAAUUCAUUUUUCUCAGUGGUGAUUGCUCUUCAUUUCUUUCCAGAUGUCUAUUUUGUCUUCAUCUGACAGUUCUCAUGAAACAGUAAAUGAUUUUUUUUCUGCAAUUUCCCAAAUAGUUUAGGCUAUGUAACAUGAUGAAUGUUCUACAAAACCACUCAUCGACCAUUUAGGUGAGAAUUUGGAGAUUUUUCUCUUCUCUACCAGCAAAUUCACAGUCUGCUGAUGAUUUAAAAUUUGUACUGUGGGCGACCCUAACACUGGGAUUUGGCCAAGUUCAAAGCAGCUAUGCAGAUGGACACACAAAACAGAAGGCAGAGGGAAAUAGACCCUUUUAAUGAUAACAAGGCUGCUCUUGUUUUCUUAUCUACAGUGGAAAUGCAUGCAAGUCCCUUGUACCUAAAAGCAAACUUGCAAAAGUGCCAGAAUAGACGGCAAGAGCAUUUGUUAUUAAUGCAAAGUUAAAAAUGUGUCAACCUGUCUUCUCAGUACUGCUCUGUAUGUCUCCAUUUCUAGACUGAUGCUGUACUGCUGCCAAAAGUGCACGUCCCAUCACUCUUGGUGGGAUAAGGAUUUCCCCCCAGAACUCACAGCCUUUGAAAGUGUGUGGCUUUGUUAAUGGUCUCUGAAAACAGCUAUGACCUGUCCCUUUGAAAUGGCUAUAAUGACUUAUAAAUCAAUUUCUUGUCAGAAAGAACUUUUCUCUUUUUUUUUCCCUCUUUCCUGAAGGUGCCAUUGUUGCCCAUGAAAAAUUAUUGGGUUUGCAACAUAAGGUCGGAGCACAUUUUAUUCUGCCAUUUGUGCCUCAUGCAGGGGCAUUACGGUGACGCACACCCCAAGCUCGGUUCUGCCUCUCUUCAGUAGGAACAUCCUUUCUUGGUGAAACUGGCCACAUCCAAAUUACAAAAUAGGUAUUUAAUUACAGUGUGUGUUAGUAUAAUGGUCACUUCUUAUGCGUUGGCUGGACUGUUGGUGAAGGUGGAUAUUUUACACAAUUCAGAUGUUGUAUUGUUUGUGUAGAUUGAGGCUAGAUGGCAUCAAAUAGUACCUCAUCCUGUGUUAACCUCUUCUAUGGCAGUUAUGCAUUCUUAAGUAAGGUGUGUUUACUCACUACAAAGUACUGAGUGGGAGCAGGUUCUGUACUGUCAAUUCACUUUCAGCCCUCACUGGAGUAGUUUCCAUCUUUCUGCAUUUUAGGAAACAUUUCAAAGUUUGUGUUUAGGAUCUUGGGGGGCUGCUACCUUCCUGUUCUGCUGAGUAUGUGAAACAUGCUCUCAGAAAUCACUGGUUUUAGUCAGUUGUACCUGUUUUAAGGAAUGCAGCACUGAAGUCCAGACUAUAUACGUGUCUGGAAUAUUAGGUGACACAUUUAUAUAUACAUGUAAAAUAACUUUUACAGGAUGUCAGUGAUAGAUAUACUAGUUUUAGAUUCUUGCUUUUAGCCAAGAAGGCUGUGUAUAAGGGAAUUCAGGACGAUAUUCAGCAAUCAUCUUGCCUAUAUUUUUGUACCUACACUUGUAGCUUGUCUGCAUGUACUCUAGCGCUUGAAAUUUGAGUUUAUGCAUGACAUACUGCAGGGUUUGUGAGACUUCAGUUCUUCCUCUAGGCAUAUGGUUUUUUUGUUUAUGUCUAUUUGUAAGUUUAUGCAUAGAAGUAUACCUAUAUAUAUAAAGUCAUAACUCAUCCUUCAGUAUAUUUUAACUGUUUCUCCAAGUCUGAUGUAAUACUGGUUGAAGUCUCUCCACAGUUUGUUGUUCUGGCUACUUGGAUAUCAAAUUCUACUGUAAUUCUUUCUCACGUCUCCUCUUCCCUCCCUCUCUUCUUUUUUUAAAAAAAGAAAAGCAUCUGAAUGUUUCAAAGACAUACACCAUUGCCAAGCAAUCUGGUGUAGUGGCUUAAUAUGCUGGCAAAUAAUUUCACAAGUUAUUUGUGUGUGUGAAGGCAGUAUAUUUGAAUAUCAUUAUAUUGUGAAUGUAACUAUGAAGACAGUUAUCUGAGAUUAUUUAAAUCCUAGGAAAGGCCAGACGGCUCCAGAAAUGAAAGAAUGUUUUUCAUUUUUUAGCUGGGAGUGCGUAUUUCUGUCCUUUGCUAAUGCUGGUGGCAUGGGGCAUCGCAGUUGCCAAAAGCCUUUUUAUCCUAGCUUUUGAGCAUUGCCAAUACUUUAUGGCCUAAAAACAGUUUGCAGGAGAAGCAGACUCUUGAAGACUGAGGUAGAAGGGAUAUUGCUUUGCAGUGUGUUGCUGGCCUUCUGUGCACUAACUUUUUGUCUUUGCCUGUGAACCCCUUUUUCACUUCUGGUGUGUUUAUCUGCUGUGUGGGUCAUUUAGUGGCUCCAUUUGAGCACUCUCUUCCUUUCCACCUCUGAAGUCCAUAUCCUGUACGUCAUUUUCCCUAAGCAGUUUGAUUUUUGUUAAUGUCCCUGGCCAAAUUUGCUCAGCUAACCUCGCCUCAGUGUCCCCAGCCUGGUCCCAACUGUCAGUGCGUACAGUGCUGUCCUUUUCCCUGACCUUACCAAGGAUGGCUUCUCAGAGCCCUUUGCAUCUUCCUUCGUCGUUUGAAUGCAGAUCAGAAAUGGACUUUCAAAAGAGCAAGUCAUUGCCUGCAGAGCGAGCAGUGGAUCUGUUCUUUCUUUAUGGUGAGAUCUGAAAAAUCCCACUAGCUAUAUCCUUCAGCUUACGGAGGUGUCUCUGAAGUUCGCACAGCUCAGAAGAGGAGGGAGGUUUUCUCUCGUGAAUUUUCUCCUUCACCUCAUCUGCUUUCCUCCAGCCUAUCACAAAGGCAAUUCUUCUCUGUCUCUAAAAUCUGUAUCCCUGCCUCACAGAGGCACUUCCACUUGGGUCUUCCUUUCUUACCUUUCUCCACUUUGCUCCUGUCUCACAUGGAGAUGUCUUAUUCCCAGUAUGAGGAUAGUAGCUAUCUUUCCUGUCUCCUACCAAUCCUCACCACACAAAUAACUUAACCCACAUUACCUUUGCUCUCAGCAUCUCCUUGCUCUAUCUCAUGAUUUCUUUAAUUAAAACUUGUUGGAGACAGUUUGUUGCGGGGGGAUGAGAAGGCAGACAUACACUCUGUGCAGUUUAUGAGAAUUCUCCCUGGAGCCUGAUGUUUUUGCUAUCUUUCUGUCUCUAAACCUUAUGCUUUUAAUAAAGUUCAUUAAUAUUUUCUGCUGCAACAAAUUCAUGACCUUCUGUGUUCUGCUCUGGCCAUUGCAUGGAAACUAUUUUCUAGGAGUGGUUCUCUUCCUCUCUCUCUCGUUUCUUCCUAAUAAAUCUGUUUUUCCUUCAGUUUGAUCCUCUAGACAUUACGUUCUUCUGGAGACCUUUAGCAUUUAGCAUCCAAUGGAGCCCGGUCUUUUAUGCCCUGCUCUGUUGUUUCAAAUGACUUCUCUCCCUUAAACUACAUAUUGUGUACUAACCUGCCAUUUCUUCUAGGUACUUCCAGAAGAUUGACUGUUCAGCCCCCAUCUCUUUUGCGUCUGGCUGGGCUUCUCUGUCCCCAUUUAACAUUUAUGUCAAUUCUGCUCAGCAGCAAUUGCCCGCACCUUUUGGCAUUGUAGAAUGGCUAGAGAGGAGGCUGGAAAUGACAUGAUUUCUGAUGGAAUUUUGAAAUCCAAGAGGAACUCUUCUGUGAAAAAGUUUGAGAGUUCAAAAUUAACCAGGUUGUCAGCUGCUGGAUGCUGGGGGGUGUCACAUAGGAGCCAUUUGCCCACACAUUGGAACAGUCUGGCCCUUAUCCUGCUAGUGUGCAAACGGCUUGGAAACCUUGUUCUGUCCUCGAAGCUGUAUUGUUCAUCACCAUAUGGGAUAAGGAUUUCCUCCGAUGCAUUUUUCCGUCCCCCAAGUCUCUCUGAAACCAACAAGACUGGGGUUAUGAAGUCAAUUCUAGAUGGCCUCGCAGAUACCACUUUCCGAACAAUCACAACAGAUCUCCUUUACGUGGGCUCCAACGAUAUCCAGUACGAAGACAUGAAAGGUGACAUGGCAUCCAAGCUGGGGUACUACCCCCAGAAGUUCCCUCUUUCCUCCUUCAGGGGAGAUCCUUUCCAAGAAAAAAUGACUGGAGGAGAUGAUUCCCUGUUGACCAUUAUUCCUUCAGAUCAGGUCAACAUCACAGAGUUUUACAACAAGUCCCUGUCCACCUUUAAGGAUAAUGAGGAGAAUAUACAGUGUGGGGAGAACUUUAUGGAUAUGGAGUGUUUUAUGAUCCUGAACCCCAGCCAGCAGCUGGCCAUCGCCGUACUGUCGCUCACCCUGGGCACCUUCACAGUCCUAGAGAACCUUCUUGUCCUGUGUGUCAUCCUCCACUCCCGAAGCCUCCGGUGUAGACCCUCCUACCAUUUCAUCGGCAGCCUGGCUGUGGCCGACCUCCUUGGCAGUGUGAUUUUUGUCUACAGUUUUGUGGAUUUCCAUGUUUUCCAUCGGAAGGAUAGCCCCAAUGUCUUCUUGUUCAAACUGGGUGGAGUUACAGCCUCCUUCACUGCCUCUGUAGGUAGCCUUUUCCUCACGGCAAUAGACCGGUACAUCUCUAUACACAGGCCACUAGCUUAUAAAAGGAUUGUUACCCGACCAAAGGCUGUCGUAGCAUUUUGUGUGAUGUGGACCAUUGCUAUUGUAAUAGCCGUUCUUCCUCUGCUCGGCUGGAACUGCAAAAAACUUAAUUCUGUUUGUUCGGACAUAUUCCCUCUCAUUGAUGAGACGUACCUGAUGUUCUGGAUCGGGGUCACCAGCGUCCUCUUGUUGUUCAUUGUCUAUGCCUACAUGUACAUUCUGUGGAAGGCUCACAGCCACGCUGUUCGCAUGCUGCAGCGAGGCACACAGAAAAGCAUAAUCAUUCAGUCGACGGAGGAUGGUAAGGUACAGAUCACUAGGCCUGAUCAAACUCGUAUGGACAUCAGGUUAGCCAAAACCUUGGUCCUUAUCCUAGUCGUUUUAAUCAUAUGCUGGGGCCCUCUCCUCGCCAUCAUGGUGUAUGAUGUCUUUGGGAAAAUGAACAAGCUCAUCAAGACUAUCUUUGCCUUCUGUAGCAUGCUCUGUUUGCUGAAUUCAACAGUGAAUCCCAUCAUCUACGCUCUGAGGAGCAAGGACUUGCGACACGCCUUCCGCAGCAUGUUCCCCACCUGUGAAGGGACUGCGCAGCCCCUGGAUAACAGCAUGGAGUCUGACUGCCAGCACAAACAUGCCAACAACACAGGGAAUGUGCACAGGGCUGCCGAGAGCUGCAUUAAGAGCACAGUUAAGAUUGCCAAAGUUACCAUGUCUGUCUCCACGGACACAACUGCUGAAGCGUUGUAAGUCAGAGACUUCUCAGCAUUGUGAGAAAAGGAGUUUAAGUUUAAAAAAAAAUUAAAAUUAAAAAAAUCAACAACAGAGAAAACCAAACCCAUGGCUUAACGUGUUUGUACCCUCCUGUAAUAUUUUUUGGUUUGUCAUUGUAAGCUGAGCGAUGAUUGUGUUAAGAGCAUUACCAUCAGCCAGUUUUUCAGGUUUUACAAUUAGGGGUUCUAGCUAAAUUUUCACAAGUUUUUCUCAAAAGGUGUUUACUGAAUAAUAAUGUUUCCAGAAAGAGCACAGAGAAAAUACCAGAUUAGCAAUCAUUCCUUUGGGGGUGUGAAGAAGAAUUGUGAAACCUAAUUGAAAAAUAACACGUCCUAAACCAAUACCAUCAAACAAGAAAAAAAGCCUUGUAAUCAUGCUGUUCAUUUCAAUGUGAAAUGUAUUUCAUGUCUGUAAGUAAUAAGAGUUUCUGAUUUUUUCCAAAAGCAGCAGUGCUGAGUUUAGAGGUUUUGUAAAAUGUGUCGUGUCCCGUGAAUUGUGUGCUGUUUUAUUAUGUGUUAUUGGUAUUCGUCUGAUUAAACAAAGUGAUAAGGUAGAAUUCCGUGGAAAUAACGUGAAACGUGAUAUGUAAACCCCAUUGAAAACACUUACUGUAUUUGAAGAAUUCCUAUGAGGUAUUUUGGAAAUUUUACACUUUUAGUGGUCUUCUGUGGACUUAGAGGAGAGGCUUUGUGUUCUUCUACUAAAAUUAUUUCCCCACUACCUUUUACUUUCACAUGCAUAUGAGACUAACAGCAACAGAGGAAUAGAGGAGGAAUGUGAGAAAGGAAUGCACUGGUUCAGACUUUUAAAUACCACUGCGUUUAUACAGAAGGAUGUUUAUGGUUGCACAGACUACUGCCCUGCUCUUGGGCAUUGCGUGAAUAUGAACACUGAAAAGCAAAGGUCCCGGAUAUUGGCUCCUUUAAUAGGCAUCUGGUUUUAAGCCAUGUGCUGGUGUUGGACCACUGAAGACAGCAUGUGUCAGACUCAAUGUGCGAUGUUAUCACUGUGCAGUCGAUGUAUACUUGAAGGUGUGUCACAUUCCUGUAUCCCAGGUCUAAGCAGAUUCAGAGCCUGAGAUGCCAAACUCCCGUCUUCACUAAAAGAGGAGGAAAUAUUGUCAGACUUAAACAUUUUCUUAUUGUGUGAGCGUGUAUAUAAAUAAAUAUCUCUGUGUGUGUACGUGUGUGUGUGCGUGCGUGUGUAAGUAUACUAAUCGGUGUGAGUCAUGGUAGCAUAGCUAAGAUAGGACACUAUGACCAAAUGUAACUGUAUUUCUUGUUGCACGCUUUGCACACGAAUUCUGUUUCUAAAAUUGAGUUCUUCCAAUUGAUUACUGAUGAAAGUACCAUGUUAAGAAUAUCUCGAUCCAGCAUAUCCAUGUGCUAGAGGAAGCAACCUUUCAGUUACACUUGAAAAUAAAGGGAAACAAGAGGCAGAGAGCAUGGAAUGAGCCCGAACUGACAAAUGCUGCAGCUGUUGAUAGUGUUCCUGAAGACUGAGAAAGCCAGGAGUAAAUGGUAGUUUGUUUUAAGGCUGUGAGUAUUAAAAUCUGAUAGCUUGCAAUGAGGUGCAUCUCACUCAAACCACUGACAAGGUUUGACACUACCAGGAAGAAGUUACUGAUGGAAAAUAAUGACUGUUCUACAGUGGGACAGUUUCUGCAGCCUGAGACCAUCACAAGGAACAUGCUACCAGAUAGUCUUUGAGGCGUGGAUAUUCUGUGAUUCUGUUCUGAGUCAUAAGGUCUGGGAUCCUCUUCUCUGCUGCCUUGCUUUUUCAGACCAUUUCCUCACCCUUCUGACUGAUUUCUGCCAAAAUAGCUGCAAGCGCAGCUUAGUCCUUCAGCUGCCUGACACUUGCCGCGACAGGGGGUGACUUUCUCCAUGACGCAGGGCGAGUGGAGCCAAAUCCAUACUGCCCUGCCACCCAUCCUUGUGCUUACAUAGGGAGAGAGAAGGGGCAGCAGCCCAGGGUCUCUGGCUGCCUCAGUGCAGGCCAGAGCAACUGGUUGAACGAGCACCCAGCCCCUUUCAGGCAGUGGCCCUGUGGGGAUGCAAGUGGCUCCAAGUUUAGGCUUGGUGAGGAUGACAUGUUUUAAAGGUAAGAUUGGAUCAGGUGAGGUGCUGAGCAACAGCUGGAAGAGACAGGGGUACUUUCCUCCUCUACCCACCUCCCCUGCAGCUUACCUGUGUGGCAGGACAGCGCACCACACUCUCAAGGGGCCCACUGCAGUCAGCCAAAACCAGUGGAUCGCAGAGGAUUCCCAGAGGAUGUCAAGUCCUGAAAGAUGUUUUUUAUGUCUGGGUCUAGUCCAUCCUAAAGCAGUCCUCUUGGAGGAGUGGGGGAAAGCCCAUUUGAAAUGUAAGGGUAUUUUAAGAGCCAUUUUUGAAACUGUCUUCUUGUGAAUUAAAUGCAAACUUUGUGGAAUUUUGUUGUGCUUUCAAGUUCUAAAUUUUACGAUAAAUCAUGGGACAAUGGGGCUGUCUUGGCACUUAACUUGGUGCUUACUGAUAUAAUAAGAAAUAGCAUCCUGUGAAAUGUUAUCCUCUAUCAUCAGUAUCUUCAUUUGCAUAAUGAGUUUUUCUAAAGCUCUGGGAACUGCAUCGGUUCACUUAGAACCAUUUAUUAAAGAGAUCGCAACAAUUUCCUUACAUGUUGCACACUAAGUAGAACUAUUCUUUCAUUAGAAAAAUCUGCUGCCGUUCCAAGUUCUUAUACUUCAGCUUUAGGUAUUCCUAAUUUGCAGUUGCCUACUUUCACUUAGUGAUAGCACAGCCAAACGACACUGUGUUCCAUGGCCACCCACACCAUCAUCAUCAUCAUCAUCCACCCACCGCCGCUAGUUGCAGUUACGUGUAUGUGCCAACUCCAAGUGUCACGUACCUACCGAGAAGACCAUCUAUGUCACAAGUGUGUAGAGUUAGAUUCUCAACAGUCUAAUUGUAUAUUUGUAUAAUAUAAUCUCCUCAAUGCUGUGCAGUCACUAUCCACAUCUUGCACUGGCCUUUUGAUGAAAAUUUUAGUGUGUCUAUUGUGAGAUAGACAGUGCAUUCUACUUGAUGUUAUUGGGCUGAAUGUAUGUAAAUAAGUGAAAAAAAAAAAGUCAUCUCUACAAGCAGUGGCCUAAAAAGUCUGUAAUUGUGGACUAGGAAAAUUGUUGAAGUUGCUGUGACAUCUCAAAUACUACCUUUGAAUAAACUAUUUACAGGGUCUCUUGGGAUGCUGUUUCACAGUGAAAGGAAAAUCUUUCCUUGUGAUAAUAUGAGGUAAAGAAAUUGGAUUACCUGAGCUUUUUAUUUCCAGUGUUUCGAAGUGGAGAACAUAACUCUUUAUUGUCUGUAAAUCUAACAUUAUUACUUCCUCUUAGAAGAAUAUUGUAUCAUUAGAUGUUUGUUUGAGCUGGUAACAUUCUUGCAACUGUUGCAAUAUUUUUCAUUAGCAACCUGUAUAAUAGUUUGUACACAAGUACUGUUCAGAUUGUCAUGAAAAGUAGCUUUGACCAUUUACCUACCAGUAGCAGAAUAGUAUUUCUGUAAGAUUUCCAGUGUAUUCCUAUCAUAUCAUAUUUUAUUUCUAUAAUGUAAUUAAACUGUUAUUUAUUCAAGGAGAAAAAGUAUUCCUCUGCUUUUUUGUUUUCCAAAUUUUGAGAUAACUGAGGAAGCCACGUGAUGAUGCUGCCUCAUCCCACGAUCUGGUGCUCUACGUUUUGUUUAUAAGUUUGUCUGUCAUUCUGAAACAACUGCUUAAACAACUUGACAACAGGUUGUCAAGCUUUGUGGGUUUUAAUUGUACGUUGAUAUGUUUGAAGGAGGAGGCAGAUCAUAUAUUUUAUAUUUGUGUAUUCAGUACUAUGGAGACAAGAGAGAAAUGACAGUUAAAACUGCAUCUCCUGUUUCAUUAUGUAGGCAAUUUCCCCUUUCCUCUGUAUUAGCCAAAAUGCAAUAAAUUCCUUUUGCCUUCCUCAGA